AUGGGUGCUAUUCUGAGUUCGAUUAGAUUGGAUGGCGUGGAUGCGCUAGGUGACAUCACACCGAGUCGUGCUGACUGGUUGACUAGUCAUGCGGAUGCUACUGACUUAUCGGCAGUGGAAGUUGAACGUUUAUGGAGACGAUUUCAACAGGUCACUGGCUCGAGAGAUAAGGCGAAUUUAUAUCCUGAAAAUAAUGCGUUGCCCGAGGAAUUGUCAAAUGAUAUUUUUGUUAAAAAUCUGUUAAAACACUUUCCUCGGUUGAGAACUGAUGAUGAUGCUAUCUCAUUCGGCUAUUUCAUAUCUGUCAUGCGAUGGUUUGACGAAGCGAAUCUUCACAGAAAGUUGGAAGCUAUCUUUCAAUAUCUCAACAAUGGCGAUCCUAUAGACGCGACAUUUCUCGUGAAAUUGUUCAAACAUAUUCAUCCUGAUAUGACCAAUGAUGAAAUAAAAUCCACAGCAGCAGGAGCUAUGCGAUUAUUAGGAUCAACUGAGACAGAUAAAUUAAAUCAACAGCAGUUCGUUGAAGGCGUUUUAAAAUUCAUACCGCACGAUGAACUUGCCGAGCUUUUAGACUUUCAUAUUAUUCCAACAGCUGUUUCUCAUGAAGUAGCAACAUUACCGGAUCUUCCUCUGCCGCCAAUGAUGUCGGUGAAUGCGGACCAUGUCAUCGGGGAUGAUCUUGUAACUGAUGAUCAAAUUAAGCAACUUGCUUUGCAAACUUCACAAAAGCAUUGGACAAAGCUGAUACUUGCUCUCGGCUUUCUCGAAUAUGAUAUCGAAGCAUACAAAGCACGAAAUAAUUACAAUGCUGCAGCGACAGUAUACGAUCUACUGGAUUUGUGGCGCGAACAAGAAGGUUCAUUGGCGACAAAAACUCGUCUUCGGGAAUAUCUGAAAAUAAGUGAUUUUGGAAAACUUGUUAAAAUACUGGACUAA